AUGCCUUCAUAUGACAAGCGUGUGUUUCAACUGUUCUACAGCCACCUCCCUCGAAAUGGUCGCAUCAUUGCCUAUACCAAAAUCUGCCCUGUGUGCCCAAGAGUGAAGCACAUCACUGUGCUCUGUCUGGAAAAGCCGUGCUUUGCAGUCUUCUUUGACUAUUGCCCAAAAAGUCCAUCCACAGAGUGUCCAGCGACGCCUAGUACAGGCCUCAUCCAGUUGCCAAGACCUGCACGGCAGAGGCUGUGGGAUGCUGUGAUGGCACUAGAGAACCCUCCGAAGCUGGAGGGCUGGCUCUUCCCAGGGGCCGUCAAGGAGAUGUAUGAUGUGUAUGCAGUGCCAGAGAUGUUCACGGGAUAUGGGAAGAAGGAGUUCAGGUUGGUUGAGGCCCUGGUGUUUGUCGAGGACAGACACCGGCCUAUGUCCCUGCCACUCAUGGCUGAGGUCGUUGACAAUACUCUCAAGUUGAUGUUCCGCCAGCCCAUCACAGCACAGGUGUUUCCUGCACUGCCAUGGUACAGAGAAUAUCCCGAUUCGCCUGUGGCAGUCCCAGCCCUUGACUUCCACUACUACAACCUCGCGAUCAAGUCAUGGGAUUAUGCCUUGGGCAAUGAGUGGUUUGGUGCCCCAGAAACAAUAACCCUCCCCCUCCCCCUUUCCCAUAUCCCUGUCUUCAAGCGUGGAGACGUGACAGUUGCAGAAUACGCAGAAGACUAUUCGCUAGGGCGGAAGCGGAUGGUGCCGCUCUGUGCAAUGACGAACACCUUCUCCCCCCACCUGGAGUUUGAGCGCCCCGUUGGCCUGCGGUAUCUACAGUCCUACGUUGAAGCAGAGUGGGUGUUUGGCUUGGAUGCAGAGCGCAACUUUGUUGCAACCUGUCCAAGCAUUUUGGAUGAGGCAGACACCAUUUUGGCAUUGGAUGAUUAUGUAGUGGUGAAGAAGGACUCAGAGAGUGGAUUGUGA